UUUGCCUUCACUCACGUCGAAGCCCCGCCCACAGGACGUGCGGCUCCGAAUUGAGUCCGGGUCUGGGCUUGUAAACUCCGGCGGAAAUAUUCAUUCUGUCAUGAAUCAAAGGCAUUGAUCUCCGUCGAACAUUUAUGUGGCCGUCUGGUGAAUUCCAUGGCGUUUAACGGCCACCAGCUGGAUGACACCGCGGACGAAGACGAGACGCCCUCGAAGCAGCCGAGGUCCGGUUGCUUCAGACAGGAGCCCCAGAGCGAGGAUGCCGCGCCCGCUGGGAGGGCGACAUCAGAGCGGCGGACGUCAAACUCGACGGCGAGGCAUCGGAAAGACUCUGUUAAGAAGACAAGGCCGCCGUUUCCUUGGUUUGGGAUGGACAUCGGGGGGACUCUGGUGAAGCUGGUGUACUUCGAACCCAAAGACAUCACAGCGGAGGAGGAGCAGGAGGAGGUGGAGAACCUGAAGAGCAUCCGCCGCUACCUGACCUCCAACACCGCCUACGGGAAGAGCGGCAUCCGGGACGUGCACCUGGAGCUGCAGGAGCUGACGCUGGACGGCAGGACUGGAAACCUGCACUUCAUCCGCUUCCCCACCCACGACCUGCCCGCCUUCCUGCAGAUGGGCCGGGACAAGCACUUCUCCAGCCUGCACACCACCCUGUGCGCCACAGGAGGGGGGGCCUACAAGUUUGAGGCGGAUUUCCGCAUGAUGGCUGACCUGGAGCUUCACAAGCUGGACGAGCUGGACUGCCUGGUCCGGGGGGUGCUGUACAUCGACUCGGUGGUGUCCUGUGGGCCGUCGGAGUGCUAUUACUUUGAGAACCCCACGGACCCGGAGCAGUGCGUGCAAAAGCCCUACGCUCUGGAGAACCCCUACCCUCUGCUGCUGGUCAACAUCGGCUCCGGGGUCAGCAUCCUCGCUGUGUACUCUGAGAACAACUACAAGCGCGUCACUGGGACCAGCCUCGGCGGUGGGACCUUCCUCGGCCUUUGCUGCCUGCUGACUGGCUGCUCCACGUUCGAGGAAGCCCUGCAGAUGGCUUCUGAGGGGGAGAGCACCCGCGUGGACAAGCUGGUCCGGGACAUCUACGGAGGCGACUAUGAGAGGUUUGGACUUCCGGGCUGGGCUGUGGCGUCAAGCUUUGGCAAUAUGAUGUCCAAAGAAAAGAGGGAGUCGGUGUCCAAAGAGGACCUGGCCAGGGCAACUCUGGUCACCAUCACCAACAACAUCGGCUCCAUCACCAGAAUGUGCGCUCUGAACGAGAACAUCGAGAGGGUGGUGUUUGUGGGGAACUUCCUCCGGGUUAACACCCUCUCCAUGAAGCUGCUGGCCUACGCCAUGGACUACUGGUCUAAAGGCCAGCUGAAGGCGCUCUUCCUGCGGCACGAGGGUUACUUCGGCGCAGUGGGGGCCUUGCUCGAGUUGCUGCAUCCGACCUAAUCCGUCCCACCAAGAGAAGACUGGAUCUGCUGCACUUUAGACCCACGUUCCUCUAUGAAGUGGGUCUGAAACGGUCCUCAGGGGAACCUUCUGGACUGCUUGGAGGUUUUGCACCGCUCCAUGAUAUUUUAGCCGGAACCUCAAAGUUUUGUACUGAUUUUAUAAAGACUUUAUAAUCUCUGAGCUCCUGAGCCUGAACCCUCCUAUGCUGGGGGGGGGGGGCAUUUCAGACUCAUGAAUAGAUGGAUGUUCACGUGAGCCCCAACCUUUCCAGGAGAGACACUGCCAAGGCCAUCUCUCGUGGAUGGCGGGGUCUUCACAGUUUGCUGUCAAUUUGUCCAUCAGCGUUCAGAGGGACCACCAGGAGGCACCACCCGUUCCUAAAGUGCCUCCUGCUUCAGAAGGUUCUUCUCUGAAAAUGUUCCACUUUUGUCUGAGCUGUAAAGUUUUGGCACCUUUCUGAAAAUAAAAAUUUGUAAAGCUGUGA